AUGUCAAAGCCAAAGGAAGGGGAGGAACUGGUUGUCUACCUGGGGGUGUCUAAAUACGCAGUUAGCGCCGCACUGGUGCGAGAAGAAGACCGAGUCCAAUGCCCAGUAAACUAUGUAAGCCACAGACUACUUGACGCCGAAACAAGGUACUCCCCCAUGGAGAAGCUCGCUUUUUCCCUGGUGAUCGCAUCCCGAAAGCUACGCCCCUAUUUCCAAGCUCAUCAGAUUAGCGUGAUGACCAAACAUCUAUUGAAGCAGAUCUUACAGAAGCCUAAUUCAUCCGGUCGCCUACUCAAGUGGGAUAUUGAGCUCGCCCAAUUCAACAUAGAGUACAAGCCAAGGAUGGCCAUAAAGGGUCAAGUACUGGCAGACUUCCUUGCAGAAUUCACAGGACCAGUGGAAAAACCAGCCCCCUUAACCUCUUCAAUCUGGGAGUUAUUCAUCAAUGGCUCUUCCAACGAGCAUGGGUCUGGAGCUGGUGUACUCCUAAUAAGCCUAGAAGGACAUAAGAUGGCGACCAACAACGAAGCGGAGUACGAAGCACUUCUAGCUGUUCUGCGCUUGGAAAAGGAAGUCAAGGCAGAGCGAUUGAAGAUUUUUAGCGACUCCCAGCUUGUGGUCUGUCAAGUACAAGGGGAGUAUCAGACAAAGGGCCCAAAGAUGGUAGCGUACCUCCAGAAAGUUCGGGAAUUGUUCCACUUCUUUAAGGAGUGUGAAGUAAAUCAAGUCCCGAGGAGCCAGAACUCUCACGCCAAUGCCCUAGCUCGUUUGGCGUCGGUUGGAGAGGCAGACUCAUUGGGGGCCAUCCCCAUAAAGUUCCUAGCAACACCGAGCAUGGAGGAAAAAACUGAGACAUUGACAAUUGAGCUAAGGCCAGAUUCAUGGAUGAAACCGAUUGUUGACUAUUUGCAAGGAGGACAAUUGCCAAACGACAAGCUAGAGGCACGGUGUAUUCGAGCCCGGGCGGCCAGAUAUUGUAUUUGUGAUGAUGUGCUAUAUAAGCGAGGGUUCUUAGUCCCGUUACUUAGAUGCAUCGACGAGCCUGAUUGCCUAGUGGUUCUCACUGAAAUCCAUGCCGGCCACUAUGACAAUCAUGUUGGGGGAGUAUCUUUGGCUCAAAAGGCAUUUCACCAGGGUUUUUUUUGGCCUACCAUGAAGUGA